GCUGGGGUGAGGGAUCUCGGACUCUCUACUUCUCCUUUUUCCGGGCACCAGAGAAAUAUUCGAAAGGACCCGGCACAGCCUCUCUCUUUCUUGGAGGCACCUCGGGAAGCUUAGUAGUAGAGGACGCUCAGCUCAGCUCAGCUUAGAGGGGCUGCUGGUGAUUGGGGAUGGGGUGUCUCGAGGGGCUUCCAGGAGACCCUGAGGCAGCUGGCUAGCCAGGACGAGGCUGCAGCCAAAGAGCACAGAGCAGCAACAGUACACAGAGUGCAGAUAAAGCAGGAGUCCCAGAGGGCCCUCGCCAGCUGCAGGCAGGCAAUCAGGAGCCCAGCGCUGGAGACCCCACCCCGGCUGUGACAUCAUUGAGGAGUGGGGUGGAGACAAUAAAAAGGGGGUCCCCCGCCCUGGCCUCGCACUCCUGGCUGACUGAGUGGCAAGAGCAGGGAGAGCAAGGGCACUGGGCUGGGGUGCCUGGCGUGAAGGAAUCCCAAGCCCAAGCUGCCCCCUCGACUCACAUCUGUGCCCCCUUCCUCCAGAGCACCUCUCCCAAGGCUGUCACUAGGUCCCUCCGGUGCGCCCAGUGCUGUGGCAGCAUGAACUGCAUCUCAGACUUCUUCACCUACGAGACUACCAAGUCAGUGGUGGUGAAGAGCUGGACCAUCGGGAUCAUCAACCGAGCGGUCCAGCUUCUGAUCAUCUCCUACUUCGUGGGCUGGGUUUUCCUGCACGAGAAGGCGUACCAAGUGCGCGACACGGCCAUCGAGUCCUCGGUGGUGACCAAGGUGAAGGGCUUCGGACGCUAUGCCAACCGAGUCAUGGAUGUGUCCGACUAUGUCACCCCGCCCCAGGGCACCUCUGUCUUCGUCAUCAUCACCAAGAUGAUUGUCACCGAGAACCAGAUGCAGGGCUUCUGCCCAGAGACUGAGGAGAAGUUCCACUGCGUGGAUGACAGCCAGUGCGGGCGGGGGCGCUUCGCAGGCGGGGGCAUCCUCACCGGCCGCUGUGUGAACGCCAGCUCCAAGCUGCGUACCUGUGAGGUCCAGGGUUGGUGUCCUACGGAGGUGGACACAGUGGAGAGGCCCAUCAUGAGGGAGGCUGAGAACUUCACCAUCUUCAUCAAGAACAGCAUCCGCUUUCCGCUCUUCAACUUCGAGAAGGGAAACCUCCUGCCCAACCUGACGACCAACGACAUGAAGACCUGCCGCUUCCACCCCGAAAGGGCCCCGUUCUGCCCCAUCCUGCGUGUGGGGGACGUGGUCCGGUUUGCAGGGCAGGACUUCACCAAGCUGGCCGGCACGGGUGGAGUCCUGGGCAUCAAGAUUGGCUGGGUGUGUGACCUGGAUAAGGCGUGGGACCAGUGUAUCCCCAAAUACUCCUUCACGCGGCUCGAUGGCGUCUCGGAGAAGAGCAGUGUCUCGCCUGGCUACAACUUCAGGUUCGCCAAGUACUACAAGAUGGAGAAUGGCAGUGAGUACCGCACGCUCAUGAAGGCCUUCGGCAUCCGCUUCGACGUGCUGGUGUACGGGAACGCGGGCAAGUUCAACAUCAUCCCCACCAUCAUCAGCUCCGUGGCCGCCUUCACCUCCGUGGGAGUGGGGACUGUGCUCUGUGAUAUCAUCCUGCUCAACUUCCUCAAAGGUGCGGACCAGUACAAAGCCAAGAAGUUUGAGGAGGUGAACGAGUCCAUGCUGAAGGUCCCCAACCCCCUGGACCAGGCCACCGCAGAGAAGCAGUCCACGGACUCAGGCGCCUACUCCAUCGGCCACUAAGGAGGGGCCCCGGGAGGGGACCCCACAGGACAGGGGGCUUGGGGAGGUUUCUGCUGCUCACCCCAAAGGCCACGCGGGGACCUGGGUGUCCAGGUGCCCCAGCAGCAGCAGCGAUUCCUGCUACAACCCCAACUCUGUAUCACCCACUCCCCGCAUGCGCCCCUCUGCUUCUAGGACCCCCAGGGGCAGUGGCACCUGCACUGUCCCAUCCCAAAGAACAGAGAUAAUGAUCCAGGGAGGAACACCCACGGGGGUCUCCCAAGUGCCGGGCAGGCCCGUCACACCCAGCCACCUGUGAUCCUCAGAAUAACCUGUGGGUGGACAGACACUCCCUUCCCUGCACUGAAGAGGAGCAUUCUCCCAGUAACAGGCACAAUUGCACAGUCAGGAAGUGAGGGGGUCUGGAUUCGAACGGGUCUCACUCACCCCUUACCCGUGCCUGAGAGAAGAGUGAACCCCAUCACACUCAGGCCACUGCCUUUCCUGACCUUGGUCAGGUUAAUAAAGAGCAAGCUUUCCCAGGA